CAGUAUUUAAGGAGGUUCUAAAAUCUCGCCCCUUGGGAGUGCAAAGUUCCGCUGGUGAUGGCUGCUAUGGCGAGGCGGCCGACACGUGUCGGCCAAUGUGACACGUGGACACGAAGACGAGGAGUCGUAGAAGGCAGAGGGCAGGCGGAGGAGGGAGAGGGCGAUGAAGGGGGCAAGGCCGGAGGAAGAGACAGACGAGGCAGAGGGCAAAUGGACGAUGACGAAGAGUCAGAGGAGGAAGAGAAGAGGAGGAACCGGUGGCCAAGAUCACACGUGGAGGCCAGAGUGACACGUGGACAUCAUGACGAUCAGUUGGACCCCGAGGACGAAGAGGACAGGUGGAGGAGGAAUAGGGCGAUGGCAGGGGGGAAGCCGGAGGAAGACAGGGAGGAUGCACAUGGCAUAUUGACGAAGAAUGACAAACGAGAAGAAACGCAAAGGACGGGGGAAGACGGAAGAAUGGAUCACAGGACGGGGGAAGCCGGGGGUGAGACGGGGGAAUACCGGGGGGAGACGGCAGGGCAUGUGGAGGAUGACGAGGAAGCGGAGGAGGAAUCGCUGAGGAGGGCACGGCAGCCAAGUUCGCACGUGCCAGCAAAAGUGACACGUAGACACAAUGACGUUGAGUCGAUGAGACGGGAGAAAUCCGGCGAUGGCAGGGAAAAGGUGGCAGGAAGGCACAGAGGACGUAGAUGGCAACUGGAGGCGAUGACAACGACUCGGAGGAGGAAGAGAGCAUGUGGAGGAGGAAGAGGGCGACGGCAGGGGGAAGGCCGCAGGAAGACAUGGAGUAUGCAGAGGGCAGGUGGAGGAGGAGGGCAGAUGGACGAAGAGGGCAGAUGGAGGAAGAGGGCAAAUGGAGGAAGAGGGCAGGUGGAGGAAGGGGGCAGAGGGCAGAUUGAGGAAGAGAGCAGGUGGAGGAAGCGGGCAGAUGGAGGAAGAGGGCAAGUGGAGGAGGAAGACGGUGAUGGGGUGAAACCGCAGAGGAGGAAGACGGCAGGUGGACGAAGAGGGCUGAUUGAGGAAGAGGGAUGCCGAAGAGGGCUGAUUGAGGAAGAGGGAAAGGAGCGGGGGAAGAGGGGAGUAAGAGGGAGAUGGCGGCCGCUUACCCGCACGUUUCGCAUCGGGGACCUGUGGUCUGGGGCAGACGCUGUGGACUGGCUGCACACUGGAAGCCAGGGUCUCCACCUCCACACGACAGCAGUCUGUUCGAAUUCGAACGGCUGUGGGUCCCAAACUUCGCGGUGCGACAUUUCCAGCAAGCGGAGUUUCGACUGCAUUGUAAACUUCGCAACUGACUGGGCUGCAGAAACGGUGUUUGGAAUGCAAUUUCAAACUAAAACCAUGACAGCGCCCUAGUUUUCUCUUUUUGUUAAUCCUUUGAAGGGGGUCAAAACCAUGCCCUUGGAGUACUUGAUUUUUUUAAAUCUUUUGAAGAGCUGCCAAUCAAAAUGAGUCUUUCUA